AUGACUACUUCUACAGUUAUUUGUGAUGCUUCUCAGACACCGGCUGAAUUUACUAAUAAUCUUUUUAGUCGACAAAGGGAAGAUAUUUUUCACAUAUCGAACAUCCUUAAUAAUGUACAAUCUUAUCCUGUUUGCGCAGAAGAAACAAUACUUCGAUUUAAAUCUCAACAUUCAUUGAGAUCUUUACGUACAAUCAGUUCAACAAAAUCAAAUGAUAAAAGACCAAUGCAUGAAUUUCAAGGAUUAAACCGUCGGUCUAAUUUGUCACAUAGUUCAAACCUAAUAUCAAAUCAGAGAGAUAACAUAGCUGUCGAUUCAAAUUUGAAUGAUGAACCGUUGUCACUUUAUGGAAGUAGUUACGAAGGAGUAAGAUCCUUAUCGAUUGAAAAUGAUGAAAUUGGCUUGCUAAAGUCAAAAGAAAGAUUACGGACAUUUGAUAAUCCAAGAGAGUCAACUUUUUCAUUGCCUAGAUCAUCAAGUCUUCAUAUACGUAAGAGGAAUACAAAUCUAUCAUCUACUCCAGCUCAGCUUAUUGACAUUUCCGAGAAGUCUUCGACAUCAUCGCGACCAAAUCUUAGCAUAUAUACUGGUUCACCUCGCAAGAAUAUUCAUUCUUCUUUUAAUCCCCCUUCACAGUCUCCGAUAACAUCAAAUGAUUACACUUUUUCUAAAAAAAAGCUCGAAAGUUUAAGUACUAGUGGUUUUGAACCACCUUCACCAUAUAUUUCUAGCUCGCGAUCUUUGGCAAAGGCUGUGAUUAUUGAAAAUUUAUUAGAUGCAGAUGAAAUUAUUUAUGCAUUUUUGUUAGAGAUUUUGAUACGAAGACAAGUGAUUGAUAGAUCUACUGUUUAUAACUUACCAAAGUCUUUUCUUGUUAUUGUCUUAUUACCAAUAACUUCCAUGAAAUAUAAUUUACCCAAUCAACUGCUUGACAGAUUUUUUAUUAGUUAUACUUAUGAGGGAGUAGGGGCUGGGAAAUCGCCAAUAAAUCCAGCUAAAAAAGGUCCGCUAAUAAAACCUGCGGAAAUUGAAGAUUUAUCCAAGAAAAUGGAUAAUGUAACUAUUCAUAAUGAUAUGCACAGAUAUAUGCGGGAUGUGGUUGUAGGGAUACGGACACAUCGUUUGGUGAAAGGUGGGUUAACAGCUCGCGCAUCAUCUGAUCUGGUGACACUUGUCAGAGCUCUCGCCGCAGUUUUUCAACGUAAUUAUGCAACUCCCGAGUUAGUUCUUUUUGCAAGUGAAAAAAUAUUUUCACAUAGAUUAAUAUUGAGAGAUGCCGGAGAUGACAAAAGCACUAUGUAUGGAACUAGUUUAGUGACAUUAUUAAAAGCAAGGAGCCUUUCGCCAAAAUUUCCAAGUCCUGGUGAUGUAGUAGCAGAUGUAUUGCAGGCCGUUUGGCCACCAAUAUAA